AUGGACGGACCGCAGCGGUUAUCUCCCAACACCCAGAAGCAGGGCCGCCGCCGGCGGUCCAGCAGCAUCAUUUAUCAGGAACCCGCCGAAUCUAUGGAACAUAUCAGUGACCAGGCUGCAUUGCCCAAUCUCAAUGCUAAUUGGGUCAAUGCCAAGGGUGCCUGGACCAUCCACUUCGUUCUCAUUGCCGCACUGAAGGUCCUCUUCGAUAUCAUCCCCGGUGUCUCGCAGGAGACCUCAUGGACCCUCACCAACAUCAGUUAUAUGUUCGGCUCGUUCCUCAUGUUCCAUUGGGUGCGCGGCAUCCCUUUCGAGUUCAACGCUGGGGCCUACGACAACCUGAACAUGUGGGAGCAAAUCGACAACGGCGACCAGUAUACUCCGGCCAAGAAGUUCUUGCUCUGCGUGCCCAUCGUGCUCUUCCUUCUCAGCACUCACUAUACCCACUACGAUCUGACUUACUUUACCAUCAACUGCCUGGCUACGCUGGGAGUCGUCAUUCCUAAGUUGCCUUUCUCGCAUCGCCUGCGGAUAGGUCUCUUCUCCGAUAUACCAGACGACUCAUAG